GUUAUUUAGAGAGCCGUCAACAUUAAAUAUCAACUUCAUUUUUUCGUACGGAGAUUCAAUUUAGUAGUAGAGAUUGAUUUUAACACUACAUCUGACCAGAGGUCGACCAAUAGAAAACGAGUCUUUAUAUCCCAAAUGCCAUUUUAUUCAAGGAUUUUUUUUCUUAAACUAGACGUCGUAGCAACUUAUUGACCUAUUCAACGGUAAACAUGUAAUUACUACUUACAUCCUUAAGUACUUAAACCGGAUGGUUCAAGCUGGUAAUGAUUGACCGAUUUGAUGCUAAACCGGUGUAACACAAUAUGUCAUGGAACGGAACCAACCCAUAACACAAAGCAUAAAUUUGAUGGCACGUUAUCAUUUCUGAUUUUGUUUUGGUAUGAUUUCUAACUCUAAUGCUUGUAAGAAACUUCUCAGUUAAAAAAAAGAAAGAAUACUAUACCAAGACUGACACUAUAUGGGUGAACUAAAGUCUAGGAGUAAUUUGAAUAAUACUUCAACUUUUAGAUUUAUGUUUAUAUUAGGCGAAUAUGGGUUAAUGGUGACAUGAUAAUAUGGUUUAUAGUUAAGUCACUAAUCACCACUUUUCUUCCUCUUUAAUUCAUCAAUAAAUAUGACAGUUGUAUUUUCCUAUCGUUUAUUAUUAUGUGAUUGUCAGAAAUCAAAAUCAUUUGUUUUUUUCUCGCCAGUGUCACUUAUGUCUACGAUAGUUUAUAUUCGACAAAAACAAAUUGGUUCGAGUAUUAUCUAGUUAUAGUAAUAGUUUUCUUAGUAACCUUGACGUGCUUAUACUCUCAUUUGGAGACACAAUUGAAUCGAACCGAUAAAAAGUUAUGACCCGGUUUGGUCAUGGUUAACCAUAUGAUUCAAAGGAAGUAUCCCGUUUGAGAAAGUAAAAUAUCUUCAUAAGUUACUUAACAUAAUGAAUCGUUAUAAAAGUCUUCACGAGUAACUUAUAUUCUUAAAUUUAAAAGACUAUUCAAAGAAAAGUCAAGACUACUAAAUGGAGAUAUAUGGUAAGGCAAUAUAAAGGAAACAUUAUAGCAACAAAAUAUACAUAUAAAGGAAACGAACGAAGACAAGAAACGAUUCAUAGUCAAAACAAUGGAGAGCACGAAAGGUGAAUCUUCUACCUUGGGAUACAAGUUCGGCGGAGUUAGCAUUGACGACGGAAAAUCUAAGCCGGUGAUAUCUACCGAUGGUUUGUUCGGAAGAAGAGACAUGAUUAAAGUCGUGUUGUUGGUCACGACCGUGACACUUUCUUGCCUUUUGUUCUAUAAAUCUGCAAAUAAUCCCCUCAACGUGGUGUCUCUAUGGAAGACCGAUUGUUAUUCUUCAAAAACCAUUAACGAGACUUCCUUAACGGUGCAAAAGAGGGAACCGGUUUCAGAACUAGAGAGAGUACUGAUGAAUGCGGCUAUGGAGGAUAACACGGUGAUCAUCACGGCGUUAAACGAAGCAUGGGUCAAACCAAACUCAACUUUCGACGUGUUUCGAGAGAGUUUCAAAGCCGGUAUAGGAACAGAGAUACUAUUGAAACACGUGAUCGCGGUUUGCUUGGAUAAGCAUGCAUACGAUCGGUGCAUAGAGGUUCAUCCUCAUUGCUACUUGAUUAACGCCACAGAUUCAGACCAACUCUCGGGUCCAAACCGGUUUAUGACGCCUGGUUACUUGAAACUCAUUUGGCGGCGAAUGGAUCUUCUUAAGGAAGUUCUUGGAUUAGGAUACAACUUCAUCUUCACGGAUGCAGAUAUCUUGUGGCUUAGAGACCCAUUUCCCCGGUUCUUCCGAGACGCCGACUUUCAGAUAACAUGCGAUGAUUACAAUGGAAAGCCAUCAGACAAGAAUAACCACGUGAACUCCGGAUUCACAUACGUCAAAGCAAACAGCAGAACGUUGAACUUUUACAAGUUCUGGAUCAGAUCGAGUCGAAAGUUCCCUGGAAAACACGAUCAAGAUGUGUUCAACCUCAUAAAAAACAAACAGUUUGUCUUGAAACUUGGAAUCAACAUUAGGUUUCUUGACACGGUUUACUUUGGAGGGUUUUGCCAGCCGAGCAGGGACAUCAACGUGGUUAACACAAUGCAUGCUAAUUGUUGUAUUGGUUUGGACAACAAAGUGAAUAAUCUAAAGGCUGCUCUUGAAGACUGGAAACGAUAUGUAUCGUUGAAUACGACCGUGUCUGAGACUAAAUGGAAUAUUCCACCGAAGUGUGGUUAUUAAUGGGUGUGAGUGAUGGUAGUCGUAGAUUACUGUUAUUAAUCUAGUUUCGUUAAGGACAUUUCAAUGGUCAUAACCGGAGUUUAUUGCUGUUCUUGAUUUUAUAUGGAGAUUUAUGUAAUCAAAUUAACAAAGAAUUUUCCCGCAGGUUUUAGUACAAAAAGCCCUUGCUUUCAUUUUUAUUAAAAAAUUAUUGCUACUCUUAACUCUUUCUUUUUUUUUGAGCAACUUGCUACUUUUAACUCAGAUCGUUGAUUUUCAGUGAAAGUAAAAUGUGUGAAAAAGAAGUCUGAGGCUCUGAGCAAUCACUUUCACAUAAAGCCACUCAAAGGCCUAAAAUGGCAUCGACACAUGAAUGUUCGGCCCAAAAAUAAUUCAUUCAUUUUGUAUUUUCGUAACUUUUAACUAAAUACAACUCAGAAAUCAUAAUAACAAUUUUGAUUAAUACUUUAAAAUAAACAUUUCCCUAAUAUGCAAAUGGUCAAUUGGAUAUUGAAGGCAUCAAUCAAAUACAUUUAGAUAUUCAACUAAAAACUAGAUGAAACGGGUUUGCUUGAAGCUUUUUUGUAGGUGUAACAACUGAAAUUGGUGAUAUAGAAUUUCAGUAUUUUUUUUUUGGUGUGGUGUAGAGUUUGUAGUUAGAAAGAGUGAAGAAACUGUUUAGUGUUCAACCAAGAAAAAGGAAGCCAUUCAGUUACCAAACCAGUACUCAGUUUCUAUGGUUUGUACCGGUUUAUAAAUUAAACUGACCACACAUGAUCGUUCUGCGAGGCCCGCUAUUAAAUGGCUCGUAAAUAUAGGCUGGCUCCGCGGCACAAGAAUCAAAAUAAAUUCAAAGUUUUUUGUUCUAUAAAAAUGAACUUUAAAACAUUAAAUUUAAAAUUUGAUGAGUGAAAUUCUAUAUUUGAAGUUUCACUACUCAAAACUUCAAAUCUGAAGUUUCAUAUUUUUUUUGUAUUUUGGUUCUUACAAUUAUACAUCACAUUUAUAAUUUAAAUAUUUAUUCGUUUAUUGUUUUAAUCCAUAUCUCAUAAAUAUUUUGAAUUUUUUUAUAUAAAUUUAAGUCUUACACAUAUAAUUAAAUAAAACUUGAAAAUAAUAUGUAAAAUAUUUUAAAACUUGAUUUAGACAACAACAGUAUACAAAACAAAAAGCUUUAAAAAUUUCAUGAAGACAUAACUAUUCCAAAAAUUUAAAUAUUACAACCCUAAUGAUCAGGUAAAUUUGAUAUGGAACCUCCAAAAUCUUUAAAAUAUUCAAAAUAUUGUCUACACAAAUUUUGUGUAACCAAAUAUGAUUGUUGUUGUUAUUUUUGAUGUUUUCGUAUAAUUCUUUAUUGUUCAGAUCAAAGUUAAGUUUUUUAGCAAUAUUUUAUUUUUUUAUUUUCUUGUUCGAAUCUAAUAUAUUUACAAAUAUUAAUAUUAUCCGAUUUUAAUAAUUUUUAGUUCGUAAUCUACAAAUUAAAAAUAAAGAGGCAUUUUUAUCAGCUUUUGCAUACAGGAAAGACACCAAUUCAGUCUUGAGUGUUUUCGUACAAACAAUUUCAUAUGAUUGUAACCACUAAUUUUCCGCAGGAAAAUCAAUAGAAAAGAUUCUUGACCUCUGCAAAUAAAAGACCCUUACUUUGAUUUUUACUAAAAAGCCGAAGUUGAGAGUCAGAUCAAUUACUUUCAGAUAGAGCCAGACAAAGGCCUAAAAUGGCAUCCACAGAUGUAUUCUCGGCCCAAAAAGAUUUCACCCAUUAGGUUAUUCCUUUUAACUUUCAAUAUUUUGAUUAUUAAUUUUUAAACAAACUUUUCCCUGAUAUGCUUUAAUUGGAUACUGAAGACAUCAAUCAAAUACGUUUAGAUAACCAACCAAAAGCUAGAUCAGUGAUAUCUUAAUUCUAAGCAUUGUACAUUUGUAUGUAUUUAAUAUUGUCAGUAAUUUUUUGAUGUGGUGUGGAGCUUGUAGUAAGAGAAUGAAGAAACUUCAGCUCCGUAUGUAUGGUUUGUAAUCAGUCACUCCGUAUGUAUGGUUUGUAACAGUGUAAUUUAAACGGAGUAUGCUUGAGUUUAUCAAAAGUUAGGCUUUGUGGCUAAUGAAUAGAAAACAUGAUUUUCAAAUAGUAAGAUUGUUUUUUAUUUAUUUUUAUUUAUUUAAGUUUCUCAUUUGUCUAGAAUGGCUCGCAAUUUCAUGCAAUGUAACAUGCGAAUAUCGUUACCGUCUAUUUAAAACUCUUGUGUCAAGUAGUCAAAAAAGGAAACCCUAGAAGACUACUAAGAUAGUGUUCGGCGAACUUGUCUCGAGUCACUAACAUCGCCUUCCAGUAUGGCUUACACGGAUUUCCAUUUUUAUGUAUUUUUCUAACAAUUUUUUUUAUUUUUGAUAAAUUCUAUCGGCUGAUCCGGUUGACCUCGAGAAGAACAUACUUAGUACUACAGUGGACUGACUACCAUACUAAUACUAAAGGAUGAACCGAUCAUCUGUUACGAUCCCCCAUGUAAACCACUUGGACCGAAACCCAAAUCCAAACUGGCUAAUGGAUGAUAAUUUAGUUCUAACAAAUUUUAUAUUUCGGUUUUAUAUUUUUAAUUCUAAUGACGUACAGUUAUAUUUAGUAUUUAAUCUACAACGGUCGUGUUUAUCAUCUGUAUUAAUUAUUAAGGGUGAUGAAUAUAUGUAAAUACUUAUAAAAAAUAUAUAUGCAAAUAAGAACGUAAGUAUAUGUUUUGAGUAAUACGAUCAUAAAACACUAAAGCUAAUUGAUUUGCGGAAAUCAUUUUGAUCUAGCGAUUUAUCAGUGGUUAAUUAAUUUCUACAUUAUGUAUAGAUUUCAAAUUCCAGUGCAGAUCAGUGGGAACUGGGAACAUAUCAGAAAAUUCGUUUGUCAUGGUUUAACAUGGUACAAAAUUUUUUUUAUUGAAUUAUAUGUUGAACCGUUUAAUAUAUCUAUAAGUGCUGCAAAAAAGUUACAUUCA